AUGGACCAAUACCAAAAAGAUAUAACUGUGCAGUUUUUUGAAUCCUGCAAGUCAUGCCUUUCUCCAGGGGAAGUUGCACACGAAAUUAUGUUCGGUCUACAUCAUGCAAUGUCUGCAAUCGACAUAAUGAAUCCCAGUAUGGAUGCAGGCAUGUCUAAGGAAAGAAAAGUAAUUUUCCUUCAAGAUGCAAUUGAUAAUGGUAGUCUAUUCCUUACCCGAUUCACUGAUUUGAGCACCAUUUUGGGUAUAUUUGACGAACUGAUUGUUCUGUUUGUUAAUUGGAUUACUGGUGAUUCCCUCGUUCAAACUGUUUAUACAUGUAUGUAUAUGCACUGUAUACCCCUCAUUGAGGACCCUCGUCUUGCUGUCUUCUGUGAAACCUUAAGGCGUGUUAUCGUAGGUUUUCGCCGCUUGUUACUGACAAUGCCUGUUUUUGAAGAAGAGGAUUUUUGCCCGUUGACUAAUGGUGUCCCAUUACAUUUUGACACCAAGAAGUCUUUUUCUGAAAGAAAGGCUGUGAACUCGUUGUUCGACCUCUCUUAUGAGAAUAUAAUCAAAUUACUGGAAAAAGAGGAGAAUGACCUAACUGAAUCCUCAUCCGACUCGUUUGAAAUGAGAUCUGCCUUACAUGAUCGGCUGAAGUUCAUGAGACUCAUGUUGACGUUUGUCCUAAGGUUCUCUUUUUUUGUGUCAGCUGUUUUCGAAAGUGACCUUGACGAAUCUCGAGACGCUCCAGAUUUUGCAGGAUUUGGUUCAGUCUCGUCAUUUCAUAGAUCGCCUUCGCUUGAGAGAAUGGAUAUGUCUUCAGCCUCUUUUAAUAUCGCUUGCGAUAAGGCUAUUGAAACAUCAACUGAUCUCACAGAAAUUUGCAAGUCCGUGCUAAAAACCUCCGAGUAUGGUCGGAAAGCUGGUCUGGGAAAGCAGUUUCCCCGAACUGAGAGCUUCGAUCUUCCAGGUUUUGAGCCAUUUUUGACUCAAGCCUUCCUUCCUUCAACUGUUCAACGGUUUCCUAGAAACCUCAGCAGAUCUGCAGCGUUUUCUUUUCUUAUGUGUGCAUUCUGUCGCGUCAAAACGAUAAUUCAAGCCAUGAAAUCACUAUACUCUAGCAACCCUCAGCACGUCGUUCACUUUUGUGAUUUGUGGACCCUUGUCCAUAGUUUCGGUCAUAACUUUUGUCACCCACUUUAUAAGGACACAGAAUUGUCAACUGCACUGGCAGUAGAGGACGCUUGUUCCAAAUCCUGUGCGCUUUCAAGGGGAAUCUUGUGUAUAGUUAUGUCAGCUGUUGUACAGUGUCCCCUAAAUCUACACGAGCGUUUCUUAUCUGCUUUGGAUUUGAGCACACCAGCGAUGCACUUCUUAACCUCGUGGAUUUCCAUCGAGUGUACUCGGAAUCGAAACUGUUUGCUUGAUAAUGCCUCUGUUCUCAAUCAGUACGGAUCAUUUUUCGAACACGCAAACUCUCAACUUCUUACAAUAUGUCGGGGUUACGCCUUUAAUCGGUCGCGCCAACGCUCGAACAUGGAGAGGCUGUUUUGUCGGAUGCACGAGCUCCUUGAAGACUCCUGCUCCAUCGAGGGCUCCCUCGUGGUGGAGCUCACCGAGAAACAGCCCUCACUGACUGACCCCCCAAUAACCCUGCAUCUCGCCGCCUACAUCUGCUUCUUCUACUACCACCUGGUGUGGGACUACGUUGCCACUGGCUUCCACUUGGAGUUGUACUCUUGCUACGAAUGGGUCUAUGCCUACGCAUUCAUAAUUACCAUCCAGCGCAGUCUUUCGAGUCUUCUGGCACACAUUCUGAAGGAGUUAUGCUGCGAAGACGACGGCGACCAAGGAGCUUCAAACCCGGCUAACCAGGCUUCAAACUCCGCUGCAACAGGUCGACGACGCCGUCGCGGUAAACAGGCGAAUGCGGUUGUCGGUAAACCUGCCGAUAACGGAGCAAGCACCGAUACGAAGAGUCCACCUCUACCACCGCUUUCUUCUUUGCUGACCUUGCCAGUAAUGGCCCAAUCGAAUGUCCACCGAUUUAUGUGUGCGGCGACAGUCUACGUGAUGCGAGCCCUACACCGCGACCUCGGAAUUGACCUCGAUGGUCUGAACGCGCCUCGAACUAGCCCCUCGGACGGUGCGACGUCUGGUUCGCGUCGAAACUUUUAUUGCUCCCUGAAGACGCAGUUCUACCACCGCCUGGCCCCGGUCAUAAGCGCGCCCUCAUCGCCCCUGGCGGAAUCUGGCGGGCCCGCGGUGACACUGCAGACGACGCACGACUACCUGGUCGGCCGAACCUUCGCGGACCCGCCCACGGGUGAGCUCUACCAGAUGGCGAGUAAGGUCUAUGGGGUUGUGCGCCAGUGGAUCAAAACCGCCGAGACUCUGGGCUCGCCGUCGACCCACUUGGGCCCCGUCGACACCCUGGCACAACUGGACCACGUGGCGAAGAACAACGACAUCGUCUGUCGACUGCUCGCCGCCAGACCGGAGAAAAGACCAAAGCCGCCCGAGCCGAAUCCCCGCGCCAAAUGGCCAAACCUUGUGACCGACGCCAUCCCUGUGCAUUUAGAUUUCACCUACCUUCCAAGCCGGGUCUACCCACUGCUCCGGUUAGCCUAG